AUGGACAAAGUUUCUUCAUCUCCUUCUACAUUUCCCGUUCUCCACGAUAUGGAGAUAGAAAAUAGAGGAAAAGGAAACGAGUUUUUUCCAGAAGAUUCUUUUAAGAGUUGGAGUGAGUAUGGAAAAGCGUUUUUGAGGACACCUAUUAGGUUGAAAGAGAGAAUGUUUACGAGAUCCAAAGAUUACAUGGAGAUUGUUGAGAUGAAAGCUCGAAGUAAUCAUCAAAUGAAGAAGACUCUUAAUUGGUUGGAUCUUAUUUGGUUUGGAAUUGGAGCUGUUAUAGGUUCUGGAAUUUUUGUUCUUACCGGUAUUGAGGCUCGGGAAGAGGCCGGUCCUGCCGUUGUUUUGUCCUACGUCGUCUCCGGUAUUUCUGCAUUGUUGUCGGUUUUCUGCUACACCGAGUUUGCCAUAGAAAUUCCUGUUGCAGGUGGUUCAUUUGCGUACUUGAGAGUUGAACUUGGAGACUUUGUGGCCUUUAUAGCUGCCGGAAACAUCCUCCUUGAAUAUGUUAUAGGAUCGGCCGCCGUAGCACGGUCAUGGACCUCCUAUUUUGCCACCCUCUGCAACUAUAACCCCGACGACUUUCUUAUAAUAGUCAAAAACAUGAACCCUAAUUAUGGCCAUCUUGAUCCUAUUGCGGUAGUAGUCCUAAUAGCGAUUGCCAUCCUUGCAGUCUUUAGCAUCAAAGCUUCUUCUAUGUUUAACAAAAUCGCAACAAUGGUUCACUUAUUCAUCAUUGCAUUCAUCAUCACUGUUGGCCUAAUCAACGCCAAACCCGAAAACUAUGCUUCAUUUUCUCCCUUUGGUACGCGAGGUGUUUUCAAAGCUUCAGCUGUUCUUUUCUUUGCUUACAUAGGCUUUGAUGCAGUAUCAACAAUGGCCGAGGAAACUAAGAACCCUGGAAGAGACAUUCCUAUUGGUCUUGUUGGCUCAAUGGUGAUUAUCACUAUUAUAUAUUGCUUACUUGCUUCAACACUUUGUCUUAUGCAGAACUAUAAAACCAUCGAUAUCAACGCGCCUUUUUCAGUUGCGUUUAGCUCAAUUGGAUGGGGGUGGGCUAAGUACAUUGUUGCAUUCGGAGCAUUGAAGGGAAUGACAACUGUGUUAUUGGUUAAUGUUGUAGGCGCGUCGCGUUACUUAACGCACAUUGCUCGUACUCAUAUGAUGCCUCCAUGGUUUGCUCUAGUUCAUGAGAGAACCGGGACACCAUUGAAUGCUACAGCUGCAAUGGUUAUAGCUACUUCUAUUGUUGCAUUUUUCACAAAUCUUCGUAUUCUUUCAAACCUAUUAUCGAUUUCAACUCUUUCUAUUUUUGUUCUUGUCGCGAUUGGGCUUCUAGUGCGUCGUUAUUAUUCAAGUGGAGUAACUACAAAAGAGAAUCAAGUUAAGCUUAUUGUGUUUGUUGUUUUGAUUAUUGGAUCUUCAUGUGGCAUGUCUGUUUAUAGAGCAAUGAGUGAUGGUUGGAUUGGAUGGGCUAUUACAGCACCAUUUUGGCUUAUAGGGACAGGAGGUAUUUUCUUUAUGGUUCCAAAAGCAAAGAAACCUAAAGUUUGGGGAGUACCUUUAGUUCCAUGGUUACCAUCUUUGUCUAUUGCUAUUAAUAUAUUCCUACUUGGAUCUAUUGAUAAAGAUUCGUAUAUAAGGUUUGGGAUAUGGACAGGGAUUUUGUUGAUUUACUAUAUUCUCAUUGGGCUACAUGCUUCAUAUGAUGCAUCAAAGGAGGUUGAGAGUAGACAUUGUAUGUCACAGUAUCUUGACAAGGAGAUUAAAAGUAUGGAAGAGGAAGGUAAAAAUUAG